AUGAUAGUUGCAUCCGCCUCGCUGUCUGUCUGUCAACAUCGCCCUAGGACCAAGCUGCUGGGUGCCCCGGAAGAAGGGCAGGCAGGAAGAGGAGGGGCAGUGAGAUUGGCUCCCCCCUCAACCUCACCCUGGUGCCCCCAGCCCAGCCCAAGACACCAGGGCGUUUGCCGACAUCUGAGGCCCUUCUUGGUGUGGCCACCGAGGACGGUGCUGAGAGGGGGAAGGUCAUGGGCAGGGCUGGGUGUGGGAUGCAGAGGAAACAGUGCCUGGGGAAGAGGAGGUGAGCUUUCUUUCUCUAACCUUGACCUCCCUGGAGCUGGUGAGGCAGGCCUGGAACACCACCCGUUUAUGGGGUGCCUCUUCGCCAGCGCUGUGCCCAGGUGGCCUCACUUGUCAUCUCAAAGUGGCGUCAAACUCCCGGACAGGUGGACGGGAACCCUAGGCUGGCCCUCCAGAGACCAGGAGGCCCCUGGCUCAGGGAUGCCACCUGCAGCUGCCCAGCCCUCCGCCCAUGACACCUUUGUUCCACCUGCCACCGCUCAUGAAACUACGGAUCACCCAGUUCUGCACUGGCUUGCCUGCUGCUGCUGUUUCAGUUUACCUGGGCAGUUGCCCCUGGUUAUCCGGCUGGGGUGGGACUUGGACUUAGAAGCAGGCCCCUCCUCUGGGAGGCUGUGUCCUCGGGCCAGGAGGUGGCAGCCUCUACCUUCCUGA